AUGUCGCUCCCCUCACCCUCAUCCCGCGCUGGACCGCCGCCAUUCGACGAGCGCACCUCCCGCUCCUCGCUGGCCACGCCGGUGCGCAGCGGCAUGUCGUCUCACGAGGCCCGCGAGAGCCGGCAGCGUGCCGAGCUGCCACCUCGCCCACGUGUGCCCUCGCCCGAGACACGCGGCAGCAGGUCAAGCUACGGCCGCACCUCUGCGACGCGCUCGUCGCUCGUGCACUCGCCGCUGCUCUCGAUGUCGGGCCGGUAUGCGCACGACGGCCACGAGCGCCGCUCGACGCACUCGUCGGGCAGCACGUACGUUGCAUCGCGCUCCGAGCACGCUGUCCGCCACGAGCGCGAGUAUGAGCACGACCGCCAGCACCGCUGGUACGCCGGCACGGGCCGCGCAGACGCAUACGAGGCGUACGUCGCGGAUGUCGCCCACGAGCCGCGCCGCAACAGCGAUGGCAGCAUCGCGUAUGCACCUGGUCCGAUCGACGCAGGCCGUCCUCCAGUGCUAACCCGGUCGAUGGCCUCAGCUGAGGCUGACCGAGCCGCAUCGGUGCAGCGUGGCCGAGUGAGCGCCAGUACGUCGCUCAAGCACGAGCGUCUCGAGUACGGCGCCGGCGAGUCUUCUGAGGCGCGCGGCGCUGCUCGGAGUCCGUCACCGUCCUUCGACCACCAGCACAAGCGGCGCCGCACUCGGCCAUCUUCUUCAGAGCGCAGUCCUCGGCGCCAGAGUCCGACCGCUCGACGCGAGAGCCCAUGCACCGCUCGCAGCAGCUCGCGCCGCAGCGGCGCAGAGCGAGAGGAGCCCCGCCAGCGCGAGCCUCGUAGCAGCACGGCUGCGCCUCGCUCUCCGAUCAAGGCUGAGUUCGGCCUGCCUACUCACCAAUCGACUCCUAGUCUGCACCCGGAGCGUUUCCAGGCGGCGGCGAGCCUGCCGAGCGUGACGCCUGCUCAAGGCAAGCCGACGGCGCACCAUGCACGUCUGCUCGAGGCUUUUGAGGACCUGGAGCACAGGAUCAGCACAGCAACGCACAGCUCGGCGUCGGGCAGGAGUUCGUUCGCGAGCGGCUCGCACGAGCGCGUCGAUGAGCCCGAGACUAGCACUGUCAAAGCAGGAAUGGCGCCAGUGCAAGGGCUCGCCUCUCCGUUCGAAGGUACACCUUCUGCGCGGUCGAAACAGCAGCUGAGCUCAAGUGCACAGGCUCCUCCCGGUGCAUCGUCGAUCAACGACAACAUGAGCACGCAGGCACAUGUCGUCGCUUCCGCCUCGCAUCAUGAUCAGAAUGCGCCGGCAGCGCCAGAGCCGCCGUCCUUCAGCGAGCUGCUCUUGCGCGCGCAAGAGAGCACAUCCAUCGACGAGCGCAUUCAGAACGCGCGCAUUCUGCUCAAGGCUGUGCGUCCUGAUCUUGCCGAGGAGGACCGUGAAGCCACGCGAGACGUAGUAUGGGAUCUGAGCGAGUCCGAGUAUCGUUCGGGACGCAAGGCCGGAAUCGAGCUGAUGUUCACACUCUCCGAGGUCGUGCCGAGUCUCCGCGCUUCCAGCUGCGAUGUUCUGUUCCAGCUGCUCAGCCUUCCGGAUGAUGAGCUGCCGCACGUCCGGGCGAGUCUCGGCAGGCAUCUCGAAGCGUGGCCCAAGACGAUGUGCGACGUCGCCGCAUCAAACCUGGUCGAGCCGCAUUGUCGCACAAGCGUGCUGAGCUUCGUCGCUCAAGAGCAGCUCUUCGCCAGCAGCAUCGCCGCCGCCGGUGCCCUUCUCGAGAGCUGUACAGCUCAGUGGCUCCAAUUCUCUGCGGAGCCCGACCUCGCCCAGCGCAUGGCGACGCAGCUGGCGGCACUGAAGGUCAUCUUCGACGCAGGAUCGAGCAGCGCUCGGUUGGACGCAAAGGAAGAAGAGCAGUUGCACGCUGCACAGCAGAUGGUGUGCAAGAUGACGGACGACUCGAUGCGACUCGCGCUGCUGGGGUGUCAGGUCGCGCCCGUUUCGCUGCCGCCUGUUGCGCAACAGACAGCAUCAACUGCUGGCCAGCGCGGCGUCGCGACAGCCGAUGCGAAGCUGGCCACCAACGCCAGCCCGAAGAUGCCCUCGCCUGCCUGCUUCGCCACUGCCGUCUGCCUGCCCAUCCGUCUCAAGGGCGAUCAGGCGUCGCGCCGCGUCGACUUGCUCAACGCGAUGCUGCCCGGCGCCUCUGCAGUUGACCAGCUCGCCGCUGCUCCGCUGGUCUCUCUCUCAGCGCAGAUGCAGAUCACCGUGCUACGCCUUGCCGGCUCGGAGAUGGCUGCACAUCGCAGGCUGACCGAUCAUGGCGCCGUGCCAGUGUGGUGCUAUGACCCGAUGCGCUUGUCUCUGCUCUCGACCUUUGUGCGUCUUGUGCCUCCCUUCCACCCAAUGAAGGACGAUGUGGUCCACGACAAGGCAUUUCUCGUCAUCGCCGAGUCUCUGCUGGGUGCAUUUGUCGUCGCGUGGCCUGCUACCCUCCGUGUGCCUUUGCAGUGGACUGCCGGAGCCCUGGGCAUCGAGCUGCGCAACCGCUUCAUGUCGCUCUACGGCCUCGCUCAAGCGGAAGUCUCGCGCCUCAAGAGCCUGCAGACGUACGACACUGCCAUGGGCACGGCAGAGUACGUCCUUGCCAUUGCAAAGGAGUACCUCAAGCCACUGAACCUGCGCCGCUCGCUCGCCAUCACUCCGCCAAUCUGGGGCCAAGCGCUGCGUCGGCCUGCGAUCAUUCCGCCGCCGAUCGCUUUGGGUCAAGACCAGCGCGCCAGCGCUUCCGCCGCUGCACUUCCAAAGGCCUCUCUUUCCGCGGCGCAGCCGACCUCGAUCCCGCCCAAGGGAGCCGCUGCGGCGGCGCGCUCCCUCUCGCCAGUCCCUCCAAGCCGUCCGGGAGGCCAAGCGAAGGCUGGCUUGGACACCAAGCUGCGGAGCAAGCAAGAGUCCCGCGCCAAGGCAGAGGCCUCAGCACCGCAGUCUCGCGCAUCCGAUGCGCGCCAGCACGAGCUCAAGGUCGAGUCCCGCUCCAAGUCUCGCUCGGCCAGCCCGGCGCUUGGCCCUUCCGGCGUCGCGGCCAACCGCACGGCCAAGUCGCCCGAGCACACGUCCGAGAGACGCAGCAAGGGAAGCAAGAAGGGCUCGCACCGCCGCGGCAACUGA